AUGUUUUAGCAAACCCACUUGGAGAGUUGUCUUCCCGCCUAGCAGAAUAUCAUAAAGCUCUAUAUUUUGCUGAGGAGGAGUUGUCAGAAGACAGAAUGAAUAAAAUUCAGCGUCUGCAGAGAGGUCUGCAGACCAUUCAUGAGCUGCAGAAAAGAACUCAGGCUGGAUUUCCUGUGAGAGCUGAUGAAAUCCCACCACCAGUCACUAUUCCAGGUGAUGAUGAAUUUGACCUUGAUGCUGUCAGCACGCUGGAGUCAAGGCUGGCGCACUACAAUGCUUUGCUUCGGUUUGAAAGUCAAGGUCAGGGUGAGAGGAAGAGAAUACCAAAGAUACAAAGUGCUAUUCGGACUGUUGAGUUUUUACUGACAAGAGCUAAAGCCAGGAGACCAGUUUGGAAAAAAGACAUCCCGCCAGAGUUUGAGUACACUCUUUUGCAUGCAGCACAAUCAAAGGGCCAGCCGGUAAACAAAGCUAAAUUAACUCUUCAGCUGAGGUCAUUACAAAAAAGAGUUAACACCAUUAGCUUCAAAGAUGAACAGAGCAAGAAACAUCUGGACACACUGAAGCAUGUAGAUAGAGCAUUUUUUCUUAGUGGCAAUAACCCUGAAGAAACAAACCUAACAGAAAUUUCACUUGAUCUGUUCGCAGUUGCUGAAAAAACCAAAGAUUUGGACAGGCGAGAGGAAGACCUGAGCUUGAUUGAGACAAGAUUGACUGAGUAUAAAGCAGCAGUUUUGGCCAGUAAGCAAGAUGGGCAGGUCAAAGAUGCUAUUAAGCAUUUCAAAGUUCUCAAGGGCUUACAGGCACUCAAAGAAGCACUGGAGAGAGAAGAAACUGUGGAUAUGACACUUGUUCCCCCGCCUCCAAGGGAUUUUACACCAACAAGUGAAUCACUUCCAUCCUUGACAGACUUAAACCAAACCUUGGCUACAAAAGAUGUAUCCCAGAAUUCUUCUGGAGCCACAGCACACCUUUCACCAGUCUUCAUCAAACCAGCGGUAGAAACAGCCGAGGACAAACUGGCCAAGAAGCUGUUCUCAUAUUUAGAUAAAGGUGCAGACUCCAACUUGCCCAUGUCUAAACAGAUGCUGAACAUUAACAAUAUUAGUACUGCACCGGUACAGUACCUCCCAAAGGUUCAGAACACAAAUGCAAGGAACGAUGGUUUGGUGGCUUCAUCCAGCAGUAACGAAGCAAGCAUUGAUCAGAUGGUUUCAGUCGGUGAUACAGAUCGAAUGGAUUCAAUCAAUGAUACAAUGACAGGAAAUAAGCCAGAUGGUAUAGAGAAAGUAGAAGCUGAAAGGUCAUUAACGGGAUAUGAGGGAAGUUUCUAUUCAUUGGAUUCACAAGCAGUAGUGCAUGAUCAACAUGUUAUUUCACAAGUUGCAGAUGAACAUCAAGACCAAAGAAGCAAAGGAAAUGAACAAGAAGAAGAAAAUAAAAGCAAUCAAAGUAAUGAGGUGGUAGCUUCAGAAAGAGAUACUCCAAAUCCUCCUCUGCCUAAAUCUUCAGACAUUUAUUUGAGGAAAACUCUGGAUAGUGUUGGUUUUCUUUCUUGCCAAAAUGUGCCUGACCUUUCAACUUCAGUGAACACAGUAUUUGAGUCAAGUAACUCAAAAGUGAAUGAUCAUAUACAAUCAGAAUUAGGAACCGCAAAACAGAUAAGCUCUGAAGUAAACCUGGAAACUGUAGAACAGCAGGAUUCUGAAGCUAACUUACAUAUGAACAACAGAAGUCUAAAUGUGGAUGAGGGAACACAUGCUGAUUCAGCAUUUGGUUUCAAUCAUGUGGACUUACCAUCUCAUGAGUUCAGCUCUCUAAACCAGCCGCUUGAAGCUAGUGAACAAAAUACCAUUGCAGUCAAUGUCAGCUCACAGAACAGUAACACACAGAGUACCGAAUUUCCAGGAAAACAGUCAGACAUCUUUGAGUCUGCACAGGAUACAAGUAAUGAAAGGAAUAAUGAUGCAUCUUCACAUGGAACAUUACCUGAGCUCAAUUUUGACGUGGAUACUCAAAACAUGACCAUAGGUCACUCAGGUUAUUCAGACACAUCAAUGCCUGAAGUCCUGGCAUAUGUAUCCAGUGAUAAAGACUUGCAGCUGCCUUUGCAUUCUUUAUCUGGUGCUUUCAUUCCAGAUAUUGUUAGAUCAGACACUUCCUUGGCUGCAGAUGUUGAUACUUCCCAAAGUAAUAGCAAUAUUAGAAAUGUUGGCCAGCUUGUUGCCUCAGACGAAGAUGGUUUAGAAAUGGAUCAGGCAGCUAGCUUGACCACAGGUAGAAACGAUGUCCCAGAUGCAGAUGCAGCUGCAACUCAGGACAGAAAUGGAAAAUCAUCUCCUGAUACUCUGGAGUUUCUGGACCUGAUGGAUUCAAUGGCCAUGCCAACUGCUGCAGAACCUGUUUCAUUUCCGUAUUUCAGCUCUUCCGAUGUUGCAUUAUCAUUAAGUAGGCAGUCAGAGCCAGUUUUGUCAACCCAGAAGCCAGAUGUUUUAUUAAAGGAAAACCCUACCAGUACCGAAGUUGUAGCACACAAUACUGAAAAUGAUAAUAUGGAAUUUCAAGCUGUCAGAGAAAACGGCCAGUCCUCUCAGGCUGCAGUUGUGUCAUCCAGCAGUGGUCUCUAUGUUGACCAGGCUGACAACAUUGUUGUACUUGACAAAGAUAAGCUGAACAAGCCUUAUACAUCUAGCGUCAUCACAGAAUCUAACCACUUCUCUCAGAAUCAUCAGAAAAUAUCUUUCUCCUUGUCCAAUUCACGUGAAGAUACAGCAGUCUUUUUAAGUAAUAAUAAUACAACAUUAGAAUCAAGUUCUCAAAGCCAAACUCCCCACAAUGGCUUGAGUGAAAACCUUACUGCUACAACUUCUAAGAAUCAGCUUGGAAACAACUUCACAAGAGCUGUUGGCUCACAUUCACAUGUUGCCUUCACAUGCUUGGAAAACUUAAAAUAUGACUGCCUUCUCAGUUUGUCAAAAGAAAGCUUACUGGAGGAGAAGAAACUGAAAAUCAAGUUUGAACAGAUUAAAAAUAAACUUCGGAAUGGAGGAAAACGGACAUGGGAGGUUUACAAAGCCUGCGUUGAGAGGGAGCAUGCAUCACUCAUCCAGCAGAUUGAGGACCUUCGCCUGUUGCAGCAGUGGAGUGAUGUGCAACUGUUGUCGGAGAAGAAAAACAUUGCAGAAAGAGAGCUUGCGAUUCUGAAAAGUCGGGUACCAGAACUGAAGUACUAG